UCAAACCAGGUCCCUCCAUGGUUUUCAGCUUGGUGAUAAGUUGUAAUUCAGCAACUUCUCUUUCCAGUCUAUUUCUGAAAUUCUUUUGUAGUAAGACAGCUACUUUGAGAUCUUGUAUAGAAUGUCCUGGGAGAUUGAAGUGUUCUCCUACUGGUUUUUCUGUCUUCUGGUUCCUGAUGUCAGAUUUAUGUCCAUUUAUCCUUUGGCGUAGGGUUUGGCCUGUUUGUCCAAUAUAGAGAGCUGAAGGGCACUGUUGGCAUUUGAUGGCAUACACAAUGUUAGAAGAUGAGCAAUUAAAUAGUCCUGAGAUGGUAUGUUGGAUGUUGUUGGGGCCAGUAAUGAUGUUGUCCGGGUGCAUGUGGCAGCAAAGUUGGCAUCUGGGUUUAUUGCAGGCUCUGGUACCAGUGUCCAUGUUAAGUCUGGUGGUUGUAUUAUUGUGGAUGAGGAGUUGUUUAAGAUUGGGUGGCUGUCUGUAGGCAAUGAAAGGUCUUCUUCUAAAUGAGAAUUAUGCUUCUUGUUUUUGACAGUGAGGUUAUGCUCUACAAGAAAACUUUCGUUCUUUAAGAUGCUACAAGGUUGCUAUCUAGUGGGCUCCAGUGACAUGCUAAUAUAAGGAGUGUGAGUAGCUCCCUGCUUCUUGGAGUAAACCUAUCUUGUAUGGGGAGAUGUAAAUUACACUAAUUGUACUUAAGGCCCACUAUCCAAACGCUUAGUAUACAAAAAAUAAAAUAAAAAAAUUCACUUAUCCAAAAACAGAUUUGAAUAUCUACUGUAAACAGCCAGAUCUGUGUAUAGUACUGUUAAACAAAUAAGCCUCUUUAAACAAGGCUUGCUUUUUGCAGCAGCUUUUUCAUCAGAAACCAUGGUGAAAGAGGGGAGGAAGGAUGAGAGAUUGGACAAAUAAGAUAACAUUUUUUCCUUCUUUGUUGCCUUUUGCAAGGUUUCAGAGGGUUUUCCCAGGGUUGUUUUUUUUUGUCAUUUUGGGAUCAAAGUUCCUUGGUCGGGAGCACGUUAGAAAUUUUCCUAUAGGAAUCAGUGGAAAUAGACUAAUCCUGCGUUUAGACCAAUCCUAUGCAUGUUUAUACAGAUAUAACCCACUGUGUUUAAUGGAGAUUACUGUACUCCCAAAUAAGUGUGGUUAGGAUUGUAGCAUUACAUCAUUUGAAGAUUGGCAUGCUUGCAUUUGUCAGAAUUUGUUACAUUUCUUGCUAAGCACUUCUGAAUUGACUUUUCAAGGCUUCAGGUUGUUUCAUGCCAAAUCUUCAUGACUGGUUACUUAUCCAUGAGAAAGUUUACAGGAUUAUGCUGAGUUGACAUGCUGUAAAUAGAAGAUGCAAAACGAUUUGUGGUUAUUGAUUGAUCUCUGAAGUUCAUACUGAAUUUUGGUGUCAUGCAAUGCAAAGCAUUAAUAUGGGUCUUCCCAAGUACUUUCUAAUCUUAAUCUUUGCAACCCACUUUCCUCACUGUUAUGAUUCAGCCACUUGCCCCAAACCAUCACCAAGUGUGUUGAAUAGCUGUGCUCCACAUUUUAUUAUGUUUAUGCAUUAAUCAGCCUUAAAACUUUCCCAAGGUUGUCUUUCCUAAAUAACAUAGGUUCUCUAUGAUGGAAAAUAAAUAUGCAGUCACUUGAUUGGCCCAGCUCAACCCUCACUCCAUUUUUACACCUAUGAAAGCAGUUCACUCCAAAUUUCUGAGGGCUGUUCUUCAGGUACCCUGUGGCAUGACAAACACCACCCAGUGUCUAGAGGCUGGCCUCUAGAAAGCUGAAGCCGGGGAUUAGCUUGCCAUUUUCAAUUUUUGGCUGAAGCUAACCUUACAUCCAACUGGCUUAGUAGCCCCACAAACCAUUCAAUUUGCUGUUCAUAAAACUCCUGAACUCUAGCUAUACAGAUUUUCCUUGGGCUCUGUCAGCUCUCUGGCAUAGGAGAGGGCUAGAGUGGCUCUCAAGCAGUGUUUUGCAGAUGUUGAACACAAACAUCAUUUAGGUUCAACCUCCAACCACACACUAAUUGACGGAGCUCUCUAAUUCAGUAAACCAGCUAACUGUCUUUCUGCACUCUUCGUCCAAAAGCAUUGCAGAGACUUCACACUGGUGUGCCUAAAUGCCCUAAUACUGGUAUAAAGAAUGUGCAGCACUUAGAGGGCUUGGAACAGUCUUUUUUUGCAGGACCCCAAACCCACCUGUCCUCCCUAGUCCCCUAUAGAUCAGACAAAAGGGAGAAGAAAGGCAGACUAGGUCACAUAGUGCUCCUGAGAUAAGCUCAAAAGCAAAUUAUUAACCAUGCUCUUCUGAUGAAAGUAGAGCCAGGACUGGGAGGGACUACUCACUUUAUUAAUCUUUAUUAUUAAGAAAUCAAAGCAAGAAGCACAUUGGAACAUCUUAUCCCAAUGUGUAUAAUACAGUAGAGUGAAAAGAAUAAAGAAAUAGAAAUAGCAUAUAGAAAAGUAAAAUUGGAAUGAACAUUACAGUAUAGAAAAUUGUAGUCAUAACAUGUACUCCAAAAAUGGAAAGUACAAAACGUCUUGAGGUCAGUUCCAGGCCGUGAUUGCUUACUGCAGCGCAGUACUUGGCCACACUGAGAGUGAUAGAUUCAUUUUGAUCUGAGAGAAGUAGGAGGAGGGUGGAUGGCAGUUAACGGAUUGAGGUUGAAUCCUGAUGACAGAAGUACUGUUUCUGGGAGGCAGGGGCAGGCAGGUCCUGAAUGGGGUAACUGUGUCCCUAAAGGACAGGUGCUCAACCUUGGGGUCAUAUUGGACUCAUACCUGUCCAUAGGGGUGCAGGUCAAUUCUGUGUCCAGAGUGGCUGUCUUCCAGCUCCAUCUGGUACGCCGACCAAGACACUACCUGCUUGUGUACUGUCUCACCAGAGUGGUACAUGCUAUGGUUAUCUCCCAGUUGGACUACUACAUGGGGCUACCUUUGAAGGAGACUUGGAAACUGCAGCUGCCAGUCUGGUGACUGGAAGUGGACAUAUAGUACCAGUCGUAAAAGACCUGCAUUGGCUCCCAAUAUAUUCCUGAGCACAAUUCAAAGUGUUGAUGUUGGCCUUUAAAGCCCUUAAUGGCUUCAACCCUGAAGGAGCGUCUCUGCCCACAUCGUUCAGCCUGGACACUAUGGGCCAGCUCCAAGGGUCUUCUGGCAGUUCCCUCACUGUGAGAAAUUAAGUUACAGGGAACCAUGCAGAACACUCUCUUCUCAGAUGUGAAAGAGAUAAAUAAUGAUAUGAUCUUCUGUAGACACCUGAAGGCAGCACUGUAUUGGGAUGCUUUUAAUGUGAUGUUCUGGUUGUGGUUGUGGUGGUGUUUCUGUAUACCCUGUUGGAAGCCAACCUAAGUGACUGGGGCAACCCAGUCAGAUGGGCAGGGUAUGAUGAUGAUGAUGAUGAUUUAAUAUGAUCCUGGCUUACGGGUUGUUGUUUUUUUAAAAAAAAGAUUUUAUGCAGUUCUUGGUAAAAAGAGAACAUGAGUCACCAUCUUGACCUUUUCACAGGGGCACUUGUGUUCAUGGUAGGUGCUGCACAUGUUCCUUAUUUUUAUUUUGAAUUAAGAAAAGAUGCAAAUGGAUCAUCACUCCCAGCAACUGGAGUUCUGCCUGGCAAAAGGGCCAGUGAACUUACUGUGAGACAUUUCUGCUCCUCCUUAGUAGUCCCCUGCAGAAGGACUUGGGGACCACAUCUAGUUCUUACCUGGGUCAGAUGUCAUGCACCUCAGCAGCAGCUUGCUUGCAGAGAAGUCUACCCUCCUGAGGGCUGUUGCUGCAAAUAUGUUGCUUUUAUAGAGAAAUUAAAGGCAAGAAGAGGUUGCUGGAUAUCUGAAAUGAUCUGUAGAGGUCUUUUGAAAUUAGGCUGAGGGCUGCCUUUGGCUCUGGGUCUGAAGGGUGCACACCCCAGGACAGGGGGAAAGGCUGUUGUAUUUCUAGUUGGAAGGAAAAGCUAGAUUUGGCUGAAUUCUAUUUUUUAAUAUUGUUUAGUCUCCAACCAGGUAGGAUCAGAAAAUAGGUGUUAGUUGCAUUCAGCUUUUUUCUAAAUGCCCUCCUCCCAUUUCUGUAUUUUGUAACUGGCUCCUGGGUGCAAUUUCCUUUUGGUGUGUCUGGGCUGAGGCCUUGAAAGAGAUGUCUCAUAUGGCCCUGUGUCAUCCUUUAGAAGAACUCCAGAAGCAUAUGAAACCUGCUGUUUUCCUACCCCCAGCCCUCUGUUCUGCUUACAGUCCAAUUGCAGAGAAGUGACAGUAGCUGGGGAACAAGUGUGGCACACUUAGAGCUGUGGUUCCCUGGACGAGACCUUGCCCUUUGUAACUCAUCUGCUGCCUGGUUUUCCUUUCCGCUAGGUUUUCAGAGGUGGAGGAUGCCAGGAGACUCAUGUAGUCAUAUUUGGAGAAGCUUUCAAUGAAAGCGAUGGCUACUUUGUUUUAAUGUCUCAAUUAAUGACUGAUAGCUUCCUGGAUGGAAAAAUGGGACACAAAUAUUACAAAUAAAUAAAAAUGUCAGUCCUGUCUCCCCCACAAAUGCCAUUGUGAGGUUCCUUGCCCACAUUUUUGUAUAACUAAGGGUAGAAACGUACAUUUUUGCCUUUAAAAAACAGUAAAAAUUGAGGAACAAGGCCAAGCAUUCAUACUAUCCAGUGCGCUCGCUGCAGUAUUUUCACUGUUUUCUUUCAUUGCAGGGCAUCUGUUGCUUGCUGUUCCAGACGAUUAACUCCCAUGACCAGUAAGGCAGCAAAACGUGACCACCCACGAGCAAGGGUUGGGUUUCUGCAUACCCAGGUUCAUGUCUUUUAGAUUAAAGUGUUCGACUAACGGCGUCAUGAGUAGAAGCAAACGUGAAAACAACUUCUAUAGUGUAGAGAUUGGAGAUUCUACUUUCACUGUACUCAAACGAUACCAGAAUUUAAAACCUAUCGGUUCGGGUGCUCAAGGCAUAGUAUGUGCAGCCUACGAUGCUAUCCUUGAAAGAAAUGUAGCAAUCAAGAAGCUAAGUCGGCCAUUUCAGAACCAAACCCAUGCCAAACGAGCUUACAGAGAGCUUGUCCUCAUGAAGUGUGUAAACCACAAAAACAUAAUUGGCCUAUUGAAUGUCUUUACGCCACAGAAAUCACUGGAAGAAUUUCAAGAUGUUUACAUAGUGAUGGAGCUCAUGGAUGCAAAUCUCUGCCAAGUGAUUCAAAUGGAGCUCGACCAUGAACGAAUGUCCUAUCUCCUCUAUCAAAUGUUGUGCGGCAUUAAGCAUCUUCACUCAGCUGGAAUUAUACAUAGGGAUUUGAAACCUAGCAAUAUAGUAGUAAAAUCUGACUGCACGCUGAAGAUUCUUGACUUUGGAUUAGCUAGAACAGCAGGAACCAGCUUUAUGAUGACACCUUAUGUUGUGACUCGUUACUACAGAGCACCAGAAGUCAUCCUAGGGAUGGGAUACAAAGAAAAUGUUGACAUUUGGUCAGUGGGGUGCAUCAUGGGAGAAAUGAUCAAAGGUGGUGUAUUAUUUCCUGGUACAGACCAUAUUGAUCAAUGGAAUAAAGUUAUUGAACAACUAGGAACUCCGUGCUCAGAAUUUAUGAAGAAGCUGCAGCCAACAGUGAGGACAUACGUGGAGAAUAGGCCUAAAUAUGCUGGUUAUAGUUUUGAAAAGCUCUUCCCAGAUGUCCUGUUUCCAGUUGACUCUGAACAUAACAAACUGAAAGCCAGUCAGGCAAGAGAUUUGUUAUCCAAAAUGCUGGUGAUUGACGCAUCAAAAAGAAUCUCGGUAGAUGAAGCUCUACAACACCCGUACAUCAAUGUCUGGUAUGACCCUUCAGAAGCAGAAGCACCUCCUCCAAAGAUACCAGACAAGCAGCUGGAUGAAAGAGAGCACACAAUAGAAGAAUGGAAAGAGUUGAUUUACAAGGAAGUUAUGGACCUGGAGGAGAGAACCAAGAAUGGAGUUAUAUGUGGACAACCGCCUCCUUUAGGUGCAGCAGUGAUCAAUGGUUCUCGGCAUCCCUCUUCAUCGUCAUCUGCCAAUGACGUCUCUUCAAUGUCUACUGACCCAACAUUGGCCUCUGAUACAGACAGCAGCCUAGAAGCCUCCACAGGCCCCCUGGGUUGCUGUAGAUGACUACUUGACGUACUUGGGGACAGGGGUUCUCUUAGUUACAAAAAUUGGUGGUAUUAUUUGGGGGAGUGUUUUCAAAAGUAAUUGUGGGAUUCAAGUGCUAAUUUUAAUUUAAGUUGCGUUUUAAAAGUAAGCCACAAUACUUUCCUGUAAUAAAUUGUACAGUAUUAUUAAUUUUUAUCAUGAGUUUUUAAAUUUGCAUAUGUUUUACUACUGUGAUGUGGACCUCGUUUUAAAAAAAUACAUUAUUAAAUGUAACAUUGCUGUCCCGUUUGUUACAUGACAGCUUUAUUUAAGGUUUACUUGAGUUUCAGAAUCAUUUUAUUAGGGUAUUUUUGUGUGUUGCACACCCCUUUUCAGUCCAUAAGCUAAAUGUUUUAUUUUUAGCCAUUUGAGUGGUUAAACUAUCUAAUUAUAGGCUAAGGUAUAGCCACGGAGAUAGCAGUUCUGAACAGAGACAUCUCCUGCGGUAUAUAGGGAACAUUAUAUAUGCUCUGACAAUGUCACAUGUUCUUGUGCCCAAAGGAAUCACACAAAACAAGAUGAAGAAGCAUGAUAGAGCACGCCUUUGCCAUGCAAAUUUAACUUGCCCCAUAGUUAAAUAGAUUAACAAUGCAAAUUCAUGUUUCCCACACUCCCACUCUGUAGUGCUCAUUUCUCUACCUUCCUUGCAUAUUCAGGCUAGUGCAUCUCUUAAUUUAUAAAGCGCUCUUUUCCUCAAAUUUAGCACUUUCCCUUUACGCAGCAUCUUGUCGCUUCAGGAUCUGCAGCAAAUACAGUGCAUAAGAUGAUGCUGCAGGGAUGUCCAUUGUGCUGCACUGACAGCGUCCCUCUUUUGCCUCCCCGUGCCAUUGGAGAGGCAUAGAAACCCCCCCAAAACUUGACAGUGGGUCAUUCUGAAGCCAUGAGAAUUGGGUAGCAUUUCAGCACAGAGAUCCCAACUUUGGACGCGCUCCCUUAAAAAAAAACCAAAACCAACCAUCAACAACGAACUAUGUAGAAAUGUUAAAUAUAAUGUAAAAUGGUGCUGCUCUUCACUGAAGUAUGUUAACUGUUUACAGUGUACAUUAUUGAAUGAUAUUUUUUGUGCAACUGAUUAAGUUCUGUGUGAGUAAAACAAUCAUUGGGAAUUUGUCCUUAGAAAAUGCAAUGUUUGUGAAUUUAGGCUGUGCUGCCUGCCUUGCGUAGAUAGAAGUAUUUUGUGUAGUGGAUUUAAAUGUGAACAAAACUGUACAUCAGUGCUGCCUACAGAAGCAAAUAUUAAACAAUAGCACAAGUAUCUUGUUGGACACAACCAUGAAGGCUGAGAGAAUUGAAUCUGCCUGAAACUGUUUGGUUCUAUCCAUCCAGUUCUUUGGAAGUGAAAGUCUUGUUUCUUUGCUUGCUUGCUUGUUUUUAAAGAGAGGCUACUUCUUUUCAAAUUUUUGUUUCGUCUGUGUUUGUUUUCAGUGGCUGCAAAAAAAGCAAAUGUUUUCAGGCGGCAUGGGAGAAAACAGGAUUGGGUGAUUUCACAUUGUUUGCCAUUCUGGAAAGUGACAGAAUGGCAGGCAGUAGAUUUAGCAGGUGGGUAGGGGGAAAUGGGGAAACUUUGCCAUGUGGUCCAGAUUUUGGUGAUAUACUGGCAUUUCCCCUCUCUAACCCUGCCCCUUACUACCCUAGGUAGGGCAAUUCCAUACCUCUUUCCAUCCCAGAAUAUAAUGGUGCCUUUGUAGACCCAGGCUUUCUUCUCUUUCAAUAUUCUUUCAACCAGCUAUAUACCCCCCCGCCCCCGGGUGACUCUGCUAGUGAAUUCCCAGAGAUUCAAAUAGAGCUGUUGAUUCAUAUAGGGCAUUCUCAUUUUCUCUUCUCCACUUCCUGGGGUCAGAAACUGCAAAGCUAGAGAGACUAGCAUGAAAAAGCAAUAAAUGUGUAAACCACAGGCAACAAUAGCAGUGCUUUUCAUUCUGCCCGGACACUGAGGUCCAGCGCCGAGGGUCUUCUGGCGGUUCCCUCGCUGCGAGAAGCCAACUUACAGGGAACCAGGCAAAGGGCCUUCUCGGCAGUGGCACCCGCCCUGUGGAACGCCCUCCCGUCGGAUGUCAAGGAAAUAAACAGCUAUCUGACUUUUAGAAGACAUCUGAAGGCAGCCCUGUUUAGGGAAGCUUUUAAUGUUUAACAGACCAUUAUAUUUUAAUAUUUUGUUGGAAGCCGCCCAGAGUGGCUGGAG